CCCUUUCUCUGCUGCUGCUCCCCCCCCGCCCAGCCCAGCCAGCCAGCCUCCCUCGUCAGUGUUUUAGUGGAGAUCUAUUCAUAGCCUCCCCCCGUCACCUUUUUACCGCUCAAUUCUUCUUAUCUGUCUCAUUCCUCCCCCAGGUUCUUUCCUGCGUCUAUUUCCAAAGCUGCUCGAUCUCGUCGAGUUGUCCACAAACCCUUCGUCCUCACCCGCCAAACACAACAGGUACCCUUUCUUUCCCCAUGGCUCCUCCACCUCCUUCAAACUUGCCCUUGCCUGAGAGGCUUAAGGCUCUGGCCCAGACGUUGCAAUUCGCCUGGUUUGUUGGACAUGUGACAUUGUUACUCUCCGUCCUACGCUAUUGCUUGUCUUACAUCACAUUCAACUAUUACUCAAAAUCGGCUCAAGCGUCUUACCGUCUGGCAUUCUUGUCGGCCGCUGCGACGUACGGUAUCGUUGUGUACAAGGGUCAUAUCGCUCGCGGUCGCCUCCAGGGCAGUGUCCCUAGCAUUGCGGUUAAGCUUGCUGGUGAUGAAAAUGUUCAAUAUUUGGGCAUGGCGUUGGUGUGGCUCUAUUCGCGCCAGGUGUCGCUCGCUCUGCUCCCCUUCAGUGUUUACUCUAUCUUCCACGUUGCGACUUACACCCGUGCCCACCUGAUUCCCACCCUCCAGGGCCCUCAGGCUGCUGGCGCUCCUGGAUCACCCAGCUCCCCUAGCUCGCCCAAGCCUGCCCCCAGACAGUCUCCCUUGGCGGAGACCAUUGGCCGGUUUGUGAAACAAUACUACGAUGCCAGCAUGGAUCUUGUGGCGCACCUUGAGAUGGCACUUUUGUUCCGCCUGGCUGUGGCGGUUCUCACUUUCUCCAAGGGAAGCAUUGUUCUUUUCGCUGUCUACCUGGCCUUCUUCCGUGCAAGAUACUCUCAGAGUACCUUCGUCCAGGGUUCUGUCCGCCACUUCACCGCCAGAGUUGAUGCCUCGGUUUCCCACCAGAGCACCCCGCCUGCUGUUCGUCAGGGAUGGGAAUCCUUCAAGGGCGGUGUGCGCCAAGCCUACGAGGCUACUGAUCUCGGCCGCUUGAGUGGAGCGGCCGGCAAGAAGCCCCAAUAAACGCCAGCUCGCAUAAAAUAGAGACGACUUCAGGAUGUUGGAUAGAUGUGAUCAAAGUGAACCCUGUGGCCAGGUUGUAUCUGGGAGGGACUGUCUGCUCCGAGUGUCGGCUAUUGUGUCAGAUGAUUAUCGAAUGAGCCAACGACCAUUUACUUUGACAGCGUUCUGAGGUUGAUGGUCGUUUCUGUGAAAUGGAAGACUGCGGAUAGUCUUGGAGGUGCGGAACGGUGGAAAAUGGAAGGUUAUGUAGCUUCAUGGUGUGGAGAAGCCUGGAUGAUUUUGUACCUCGUUAGCAUGACAGCAAGCGGUGAGGUUUUAUGCGCAAUGUCUAGUGCUUUUGCUUUAGUUGAAUGCGUCUUUUUCCUUAUAUUAGCUUUUUGUCUUGCAGUGCGAUAGUAAUGCGAUGAGCUUUGCCAUUCUGG